AUGCUACGCAAUUCUCUAAAAGUACUUACCAAUUUUGCUCAUCCUUACCAAUUAAUACGCAUACCCUACGGAAGUCUUGGUCUAAAAACAGCAACUCUCAGGCUUCUUGGCCCUACCAAGAUGGACAUACUUAAUGUUGAGGUAUUCGACUGCGAAGAGCGCAUGCUAAAGGAAAGUUAUUUCACGAGAAUCGAUUUGUAUGUUUAUUGUGUGGAGGGAGGGAUUUUGUAUUGCAGGAAGAAAGCGGAAAAAAUAUGUGAGAUAAGCGGUGAUGCCGUUGAAAAUAGGAACAGCGCAAAUAUUCACACCAAUCGUGAAUCUGCCUUACCUAAAGCGAAGAUGAUAAGUUACAGGUCGCUCUUAGCAAGCAUCUCAUCGUAUAUAAACGAUACAAUUGCUGAUGCUAUGACAAAGCUAAGGAGGAUCCGGCAUGUUCAAUACUCCGCACUUUUUUACAAGCUGAAUUUGAUUGAACGUGCGUGCCAGAGUGCGAAAACAAACUCGGAAGUGUUUUACAUGUGCCUGGUAAAGAGAAUGAACUGCUAUGGAGAAAAGAUGAAUAACGUAGAAGCAAAAGACGUUAAUGACACCAAAAAAAUGAAGAUAGGCAAAAUGAUACGCCUCAUAAAAAGUAUGGAUGAGGAUAGGGCUGUAGAAUUUGUGGUGGAGAUCAUCAACGAUUUAAAGCCGACUGUUAUUAACAAGGUAGUAAACACCUUGAAAAUAAAGAACUGUGCAAAACAACGGCUAGUGUUCUACAAGGCAGGUAUGUUGUGCCUGAGAAAGGGAGCAAAGCGAAUGGCUGUUAGAUUUCUUGUGUUGUCCCAAUGUGAGGAUGUCCAUGAAAUGGUUGAUGAGAGAAGAUGGCGCACUGCAAUUUUUGGAAAUGAUUACGAUGUAUGUGCGAUCAGGGAGGUGCUGUGUGACGAGAUUGUUCGAGCCUGUGCUGGUAGAAAUGUUGACCGAAACACGGACAGAGAGGAACAUGAGCACCACUUUGAUAAGAAGGAGGGAAAUACUAAGCAAAUCGAUGAAGAGGCUUUUGGUGCAGUUAGUGAUGGAUAUCACGGCCAGGACAACAAGAAGGCCGAGCACAAGAAUUAUAACGAUAUGGCAGUGAUGGAAGAAAUUAGAAGCGAAGAUAGAAAGCUAUACGGUAAUAUUCACCACAAGAAAAUAAAAACUAUGCCCAAUAAGUUGGAAUUACCGCUGAAUUCAAAUGAAAGUGGUGAGCAACUCUUCACACGGGAGCAAGGAUUGGAUGGUAACGGUAAAAACCGUGAUAAAAUAAGCGAGCGUGUACGGACACUUGCUGGAAAUGAUGAAACAUUAUCAGACAUUCUUACCAAUGCCUUAUCGGUCAAAGUUAACGUUUUAACACUUCGACAGAAAGUGAAUGAUAGAUCAAUGGCGAAUAGGCUCAUAGAUAACAAAAUAUUGAACGAUCGGACGCAUCUAAAACGGCUGCUCGGCAUGUGUGUGGUUAUAAUCGGUAGAGUUAGAGAAAUGCUUGCGACUGAGCAUAAUGAACAGCUGGGUAUUUUUGAAAUGGCUGAUCGUGCUGGCAAUGACGAAAAGCAUUUUUAUGACAAGAUCACACAAGAAGAUACAAAAAAGCAUUCGUCCGAUGAUGCCUUUUCAAUAGAGGAAGGUAAAAAGAGGCAUGUGAUGAAUAUUGUGUGCAGAUCAACCGGUCAAAAUAGUUCGAGUGAAAAACAGAGGCACGGUUCAGGCGAAUUAUACCGGUCAGAGCACAGCGAUACCAAUUCUUCAGGUACAAAAAGGCUAAAUUACGAUGAAAGUCUGAGUAAGGUCACAGGUAUGAUAAAGGGCAUGAAGAUCAACCAUGAAAAUACUGACAACAUAACCAAAGCUCUGAAUAUAAUAAUGGCCCUUUCAGGAAAGCAGCCGAGUUAUUUGUUACCAGCGAAAUGCAUCGACUUAAAAGUGAUCAAUGAUGAAGGCGUGCACAAGAAGACAAAUGGUCUGUUUUUCAGCACUAGUGCACUUUUAUCAAAACCAAUUUAUUAUUUCCUUUCACACAUCGUUUUGAAGGUGAAAAGCGAGUGCAGGUUGUUAUGUCUUAUAUUUGACAAUACAGCGGUUAAUAUCAACAGUAGCGAUGCAAACUGUGACAGAACGAUAAAGAUUAAAGAUGUGGAUGGAACGUUGGUCGGUGUUGUCGUGGAGAGGAACGGCAUGUUUUACAUGGUUAGGGUAAAAAAACUAAAAUUUGUGAAAGUAAGUGCCAAGGCACGGUUGACAAAGCUGCAACCGAACCGAUUUCUUUUACAGAGCGAUAGCAGAACGAGUGAUAUUGAAGUAUUGAACAGCACGAUGGUGUAUGAACGUAGAAACAAGAAAGAGGAUGUGUUCAAGAUCGAAGGUAAACACGGAUGUAAGUAUAAAAUUGUCUACGAUUUGAACGAGGAAUACUAUCGCGUUUUGGAGGGAACUAUAGAAAAGUAG